UAGCAGAUUCUUUUAGCAGUGGUUAAAGUAAGAAAUGGCCGAUGCAAGUGAUCGGUUAUCAUUUGGGGAUCCGUCCCAGAAUACCAAGAUGUUCGGAGGUCUCUUUGUGUUGCUAGCAUCUUGGGGUCUAGGAGGGAACUUGCUGCUCUGUGCUCUGAUCUACCAGGGUAACUUGUGGACCAUGAUGAACAGGGGACUGAUGGCUGUUAGCGCGUUGGGGAUAUUCCAGUCUGUUUUCUGUCUUCUACCAAUCGGAAUCAGUGGUAUUAACGAGGCGUGGGACUUUGGUGAUGUGUGGUGCUCAGCGUACCCCUACCUCUAUAGAUUCUCUCAGAUAAGUUUGACUUAUAUGAUAGCACUCUUACUUUUCUACAACAUCAUGGCCCUACGGACCGACAACAACCCCUCAAAAACGCUUAAAACCUCUUCACUGUGGGCUCCUGUUGUCAUCUUCCUUCUACCAUAUCUCAUCCUUCUACCUCCUGCUUUGGUGUUUCUGGAGGAUUUUGGUGUGACUGAUAUCCAGGAGGACAGAUCUAAUCUCCACGCAUGUACGAUUGUUGUUACAGAUGAAUCCGACGGUUACCAGAGUUUUAGGGCUGUCGAGACUGUGUUCGGGUUGAUAAUACCAUACAUUGGGGUGAUCGUGCUGUUUGGGUAUCUAGUAGCCCUUAUUAACCAGAGAAAGGAUAGCAAAACCUGCAAUAUCACUGACUCAUACGAGUUUAAAGAAUGUGAUUUACCUACAAGAACAUCUACAGAAGUUCUCAGUGAUAACAACUCCGACUCUGAUGUCCUGCGAUCAAGCUUUGAACUCAUCUUUUUGAAGCAAGCGGAUAUACCAGUGCACAUAAACUACAACGGUACACGAGAUGAGGCUAUGUCCCCCGUACACACGAUGGAGAGUCUUGCUGCAAGAUCAGAUAAGCAUACUGAAGUAGUCAUCUACGUCCUGACGGGCACUUUCCUGCUGGUCUUCGCUCCUUACUUGUAUCAGACCCUAAGUGAACUAGCAGAUCCGAACAAGAUAAAAGAGAACAACAGUCUCUUCAGAUUCCUCUCCCACUUUCUCUCGUACAUGGUGGUCCUAGUUAACCCCACCAUCUACACUCUGCAGUACCCCACCAUCAAGGAGUCCCUUAUGAAAAGAGAUCUUCUCAAGUUUAACAAGUGAGGGAAAUUCCCCAAAGAACAGCAGAGCUGAGCUGAUGAAGAUGAAAGUUAUCCAAGCAGUUAAUAUGACAAGACUUUGUCUGCAACUGGACUUUGUCAGCAGUUAUUUUCGAGAAAUGACCGACUGAUGAGUAGGACGAAUUUAAGUAGAGGAUGCGGAACAAGAUCCCAGAACAUUCAAUAUAAGGACAAUUAAUUUGUCAUGAGAACCUUGCUAUUUAGUAGAUAGUAGUGAAUUUAAACAGUUGUAGAAGUUUCGUUGACAAUUGACAAAGAAAAGAG